CGAGCCGCAAAACUCUCCCGGAUUUGAUAACCCAAAUGUCGGCAGGUAUGGACAUAUUUGCUGGCGGACGACAUGGGAUUGCCACCCUGCAGUCAAAUACCAGGGUACAUUAAACCCCAUGCGCCCUCGCUCGCUGCAGUGCCCUCUAUGUGGUUUCAGUUCAUGGUAAUAUUUGUUCACUCUUCUCUUGUUACCGUCUCUACAGUUUGCCUUUUUGACACACCUUUUGUUGUCUCGUUUAGCUACAGUCAGCUAACAGUCGCUAGCGAGCAUCACCCCGCUUCGACUCCCCGCCUGCAAGUUAAGUGAAGUGAAGUUAGAGCAAAAGUGUUAUUCUGUAGUCGAGUGAACCGAGAGGUGACGGCCGACACCCUGCCAGGUAGUUUUUCCAAUUAUAUUCAGAGCAAAGUAAUUUUUGGAAAUAUCUGUAUUGACGUUGGGCGUGUCAAACGUGAAGUAUCCAAGAUGCAGCUCUGACAGCCUCCAGACAUUUGCAGGUUAGCUUGCUACCCAACUAGCAAACAUGCUAAGGUGACAUAAACAGAGAGUCAGUGGGUUUAAUGUUAUCUGCUCUGUGAUCCAUAUGCACCCUCCUAUAAAAGCGAAAGUAGCCUACAUCCGUAUUAGGCCAGCCCGCCUGCUGCUGCUGCUGAAACCAUAAGCUGCUGCAUCAGAGAAGUGGUUUCUGCUAGCUGAUGCUGAUGCUUUCCUCCAUUUUUGUAGCAUCAUUCUGAAACCACACUAUGGUCUGAUGUUAUUGAGAGGCAUCAUCUCUUUGCGUUUUGCAUGAUUUUGUCUCCACAUGCAAAUAAUCGGGGAUGUUUCCUGCAGGAUGAGUGGUGAUGAAUUGAACCCAGCUGCUGUGGCUAAGGCUGUGGAGGAUGUCCAAGGGGAUGGACGGUGGAUGUCACAGGUUUGUUUCAUUUACUGUGAAAUGGGAGACAAUAACUGUGAUGGCUGAAGGCAGUCUCCUUCAAGCAUCUGGAGGGUAUUUUUUCAGUGCUUUUCUUACUUUUGGGCUUAUCUAUGAUUUUCCACAAUACUUGAUACUAGAUAUGGACUUUUAUUUCACUCCCAUAAUUUGACACCUUUAUGCAUGAGUACCUUCACUUUUUUAGUAAUUUUUUUUUAACAUUACUUUAACUUAUCUUUUUACAAAACUUUCUCGAUGAGUACCAUGAAAUAGAUAUACACCAUGGUUGAAGAAACUUAUAAAGAAUUUAUUUUUGGCGUAUAAUAAGUCUCUGCAGCAGUUUUAUCCCGUUUUGUGAUUUUGUCUUCUUUAAAAUCUUUAUUUGUGUUUGUAUUUAUUUAUUUAUUUAUUUAGCACAGAUUAAAAACAGUGGAAGGAGGGAAUGAAGCCGAUAGGCUUAUACAAAGUUCAACCCCCGUCAGGGCAGUGAAAGCAUAGGGUGCAAACGACAAAGUAACAAGAGCAUAGAAAGGUUAUAAAUAUACAAUUAUUAGGGCAAGGUCAAACAGAUACAAAUUGCCAUAAAUAGAACACAGACUAAUCAUCAAACAGUGAUGGAGACAAUAUAAGUAUUCAUAAAAACAAAAGAAACAUGAUCAUAACAAAUAAUGAUGUGUUUAAGACAUGAUCAGAUAAGAUUUUAAUUGUAUUUUAAAGGAGUUGAGGAAUGAUAUGAAUAUUAGAGAUGCUAGAUUAUUCCAUAGUUUCGGUCCUCCAAAAGUGAUGUUCGACAGAAUGGUAAUUGAGGAUGGCCAUUUUGUCUUGUUGAGUACAGGUGAAGGUUUUACGCUUCUUAUUCAUGUUUUAUAAUAGUCCUCUUGGUCUCAGCUUUUUGUGAUUGUGUUCCUGUGUUUGCUGGGUAUCAUGGGCUCUUAUUAUGUCUUUAUUUUAAUGAUGUCUCAGCUCAUGUGACAUUCAUCAAAGCUUUAAUGUCUUCCACCAGUUUUUAUUUUAUUUCUUUAUUGCCAGUAAUGUGUCAUUUCCCCCGAGUGUUCUCUUGUUGUUGUUGUUGUUAUGUUGUUCUUAUCUUCUUUGUUUUGCUUCAUGUUAAAGCGCUUUGUAAGCUCUUGUUUUUAACAGUGCUAUAUAAAAUCAGUUAUUAUUAUUACUUGUGCACAGCAGUCAUCUGCAAUAAAAAAUACAACACUGACAAAAGGCACUGUUAAUAUUAUCAUUAACUCCACCUUGAAUCAGUGCAGAGUCAGAAACACUUAAUGCUGUUGGUUAUAUUGAAACAACUGAUUUGGGGAAAAUAAGAUCUUAUGUGAUUUUUGGGCAUAUAUCUCAGUCAUUGCAUUUAAAUGACCUCACUUAAAAACAGCAGCCAAUGAAUGUUUUGAAUUAUACAAAAAUAUCAAUACAUCACCUAAGCUGCCUUUAUGCUAGGCUUUAAUGCUCAUAUAGUUUUCAGAGGCCAACAUCCUCUGACUAUAUUUGUAUCACCUCUAACCGCGUUCAUAACAGAGACUUAAUGUGUUUUCAGCUACUAUGUCUGUUUACCUCCAAUUUGAUAAAAAAACAUGACCUUGUUCUUUAAUCUGCAAUGGGCUGUUAACUAUGCAUCAGCUAGGUCAGCAAAUACACACUGAAAUUGCAUGUGUUUGCAGCUUUUAUUUCACUUUGGUAAUGGUUGAUAAAUUCCAAUUUCAUAGACCUCAGCCACUGAUCCAUAAGGGCCAUGUUUCGUUCAGAGCACCUCUCUAUCCAGCUUGUGCGGUGGCGUAUCCUCGUAGGUCUAUGAAAGGUUAAUCCUGCAGGGCUAAUAGGACUGUGACAGUCUGCUUUACUCCAGGCUCUCUAUCAGAUGGGGCACCAGACAUGUCACGUCCUCCGAUGAGCUUGGAGGAUUUUUGCUACUUGAAAGGCUAAUGAGUGUAAUCCCACAGUUGAAAAUCUCACACACACAAAGGUGUUAACACAGGUUAAAAUAGCUUACAAGAAGCUGAUUAGUUGUAUUGUUUUCUGUGAAUGAAAUGUGACUUUCUUCUUUUAAGCUGUAUUUCUAAUCUUAAAUCAUUGUAUCUUGUACCCGCUUUGAUGUGAUAAGGUUCUGUCUUUUUACAGCACACACGAUUUGUGCAGGAGUGUAAAGAUGCUGAACCGGAUGUGCUUUUUGUGGGGGACUCAAUGGUUCAACUAAUGCACCAGUAUGAGGUGAGAGAAAACACUCACACCACUUCACCUGGACAAUUUACUGCUUAAAUCUAAGUUGCUUUCAUGUAUUGGCAUGCUUUUCUUGCAGCAUCAAUAAGUUAUUUGAUUUAAGACAUCAAAGUCAUCUGUAAUCUGAGAUGCAGACCAAUCCUCUCUCUUCAGGUUUGGAGGGAGUUAUUCUCUCCUCUUCACGCGCUUAACUUUGGUAUCGGAGGGGACACCACCUGUAACGUACUGUGGAGGCUGCAGAAUGGAGAGCUGGAGAACAUCCGCCCAAAGGUAACACAGACAGACAAAUGUAGUCACAUCUCAUGAGACAGCGUGUGGGAAACUCAUUCAUUUGAUUUAUCUCAGGUGCAAAAGAAAUCUCUGCUGGAGCAUGUUGAUUCUAUAGUCCAUAUAAUUACUAUUGUCACAGUAGAGUUGCCAUGAUACGAUUAUCCUGAACUUUGGUAAGGUAUUAAAAAAAAGCAAAUGACAUUUACACCUGUUUUGAUUUACUAUUGUAUCUGCACACUGUGCCAAUUACAGGAAAAAUCAACAAACACAAACCAAAAUUUGACACACUGUCAACUGGAAUGGAGAGCAAAAACACAAUACCUGGUUGCAAAAAUGCAGCUGUAGUGUAAAUCGAUAGCUUAAGUGGUUGGUUUGCAAAUAAAUGAAUAUUACCAGGUCAUUUUCAGGGAUAAACUCACUGUAAGAGUAAGGCAGUAUGUUUUGUGCACUAACAGUGAAUUUGUCUUUGAGGAUUUAGGAUACGUGUGUUUCAGUGCAUCAGUGUGCCCUAUCGAAUAAUGCUCCUGGUACAGAAUGGCACCUUAUAUCACAACACUGCUCUCUCCAUUUGUUCUGUCACAGAUGUAAUGUGUUCUGAUACUAUAUUACAAGAUCUGUUAUUAAGAUCUCAUGAAAAGCUUACUAUAAUAGACUGAUGGCACAUGGGUGACAAGCUUGACACAGAGCUGCUGAGUAGAAAAUCCUGAUGGGAAAUGUGAUUCUAUAUGACUGGGAUUUGAACCCAUAAGAGCGGCACAAAACUGGAUAAAAAUAAUGUAAAAGGUGGUGAGAUGGCUUUUAUUCACCUCUCCUCUCCAGUAUUUUCAUUUCACUGAUCUGUUGAUGUUGUGUAUGUGUUCGAUUACUCGUCUCACCUAUCUGUCUCUGCUUCCAGACUUAUUUAAAAAGGUCAGCUGACUCUCACACGGUGGUGGAUUUAAAAAGACAAAUAUUUCAGAGGCUGAGAGGGAAACAAAAAGAGAGAAUUAGAAAGUUAAUAAAAACUUAUAGAGGAACAACGUAAAAGGAUCAGUGGUUUUAAUCUUGGAUAUGAUAGUAAAACAUUUCAUCAUGGCGUGAUCAGCAACAUUAAACACUCCUAACCCCCCAUCAGACACAGGAGACUUUACGCAGUAAGGGUACAGUCAGGUAAAUUCCCAGUUCCUGCCUGAAAAGAGCUGAGGUGGGUCAGGAGUCAUUAACAUCUUAAACAGACCAGGUGAUAUCACUGUCUCUCCCCUCAGCGUUCAGUCUGUGUGCGACAGACAGAGAUGUAAUAUGUGCAUUUUUUUGAGACCAUGAAGGGACAUAAUAAAACAUCAUCAUUUACCAACCUGUAAAUAAGAACAAUUGGCAGUGUAGAGGCUGUGAUUGAGAAAAAUCCAGCACAUCCUUGUGAAGGUGUGCACAUGUUUAAAGGAGUAUAACAAGGAGAAAACUACACCCUAAUAUUUUCUUUGACCAUUCAAUCUCCUUUCCCUGUGCUCUCUUUCUUACCUGUAUCUUUAUGUCAACAGCUCUGUCCCAUUUAGACACAGGAUACAGAGCUGUUGUUACUGGGCCUGUCUGUGCUCUUUUCCAGGUGGUGGUGCUAUGGAUAGGCACCAACAAUUAUGAACACACAGCAGAACAAGUCGCAGGAGGAAUCCUUGCUGUUGCUCAGCUGAUCACGUCCCGACUCCCUAAGGCAAAGAUCAUAGUCCUGGUGAGUGAGUGAGUGAGGUGUUGUGUCUUUGAAGUUUGACGUGUAAUCCUCUAGGUCAGUGGUUCUCAAGUCCAGUCCUCGAGGCCCACUGUCCUGCAUUCAACACACCUGAUUCAAAUGAUCAGCUCGUUAUCAAGCCAUUACAGAGCUUGAUAACGAGCUGAUCAUUUGAAUCAGGUGUGUUGGAGCAGGGAAACAUCCAAAAUAUGCAAGACAAUGGGCCUCGAGGACUGGACUUGAGAACCACUGCUUUAGGUGAUAUUAAUUUCACCAAAUUUUUCAGUGAUAUUUUUUAUUUGAAACUUAGUUGAUGAUUUAUAAAUAUUGACCAUUGCUGUUCUAUCUAUUAAGAUAAAAAAAACAACAUCAAUUUGUACAAAUGGAUUCAGUUGAAGCCCUGAAGUUUUUUACAACAACCAACAAACUUUCCAAAAUUUGACUAAACUCUCAGCACAUGUGACCUGAGUCAUGAAAUCUGUGUGGUUCUCAGGGUUUGUUACCUCGAGGGGAGCGUCCCAACUCACUGAGGGAGAAGAACGCCGUAGUAAAUGGGUACCUGUGCUCCUGGCUGCCUCGUCUGGGCCAGGCUCAAUUUUUGGAUGUGGGCGGAGACUUUAUCCAUUCUGAUGGGACCAUCAGCCCACAGGACAUGUUUGACUUCCUCCACCUGACGUCCACGGGCUACCGCGCCAUUGCCAAGCCCCUCAGUGACCUGCUGCUUCAGAUACUGGAGGAGACGCCGGAGGAGAGACGGGCAUCGCUGGUGUGAGGGCUCGGGCUGAACGGCACAGUUCACCCAGAGGCGUGUCUCACCUGCCUCAGGGGGAGACAUGCUCCUGGUUUCUGGAGGAGGAAAGGCUCACUCAUGGGGUGGGGGGUGGGGGAGUCUCAAUAUGAGUGGGCCUAUGAGGGGCAUUGGAUCAAAAUCAUGAGCUGAGGGUUGGUUUUAGAGAGGUGCUAAAGAGGGAGAGAGACCUCACUACGGAUCUAGACACUGUGAUGGCUUUGUUGCUAAAGCAUUUAUUAAGGUCAAGCUACUCAGAUUCAUAGACAGAUACACUGAGAUCAUGUUGGACUGAAGUAACUGGCAUACAAACAGAAUAAUCCAAGCCUUUACAUGAAAAGUUAGCUUUUGUCUUUUUUAUUUUGUUGUCUCAAUGCCCUGCAGUGGUCGGCCUCUCUGGUAACACACGAGGCACAACAUUACCUAACAUUGUACAAUGUUAUUUUUGAAGCUGGUAAGCAGUGGUUCCCAACACAUUGGAGGUCAUGAGAUUAUGUAAAGGUCAAAAGGGAAAAAUCAUGUUACCCCAAAUUAUUGUUUUCUAAUCUAAUCUUUAUCUUGUGGAACUCUGCACACUUCUACCUCGUCAGGCUUCUAAAAUCUUCAAAUUGAAACCGUUUACGGAGCAAAAACCUUGUUUGAUGUGUUACUGCCUGCUUGAAAUUGUCUACAAGCCACAAAGGUUGUUGGGAAACACUACUGCUGCAGAGAGGCUCCUGCAGAGAUGAGCACCAUAAUUUGCAACACUUAAAGAUGUCUCUCCCUCUUCAACAGAUUUACUUCAAGCGUAAUCAUGUGAUGCAAAUAGUUUACACAAAAUACUCCGAUGUGUUAUAUUUCAUGUACUUAGAUAAACAAAAAGCACUUAUUCUGCUAAAUUUGUACUCUUGAUCACCACAUGCAAAUGUUUAGAUAUAUACUGUAGUCAUUGAUAUGAAAUAGCGCUGCAUCUCUUGAGUGACAUACACGACUACAAACAGCAAAUCACUAAAAGCUCAGAUCUGAUGUUGUUCGCUGCAUGCAUGUUUGAAGCAUCAGCUUUAGCAUAGAAAGUGUAUUCAGCUUCUAUCUGUCAAAACCAUAUACUCAAACAUCUUAGUGACGAUAACUUGAUGAAUCUUUUUCUUGUCUGGUAGUCUGUGUAGUUCUUCUGAACACAUUCAACACUGGUGCUUAUGUUACAGCAUCUUACACAUCCAGUAAAUGUAUUUAUAUGAUAACGACAGAAUUAAGGUCCUGGUGGAUCAGCUGUGACUUAGAGAUAAGCUCACAUUUCAAAUGUUUUGUAACGCUAAACUGCCAGCUUUCUAAACUAGCUGUUAGAGGAGUUCUUGACUGUGUCUUUCACAUAUUUUUAUAGAGAAAAAAAAGAAACACACUCGUCUUAGGCAGUAUUACUCCACUGUCUAAAUGAAAUGAUGUAUUAUAAACAGUGGCUGUCGCAUGAGAACCAGCUUUAAUUUUUGGUUUACACAACGUUUUCUCUUCAUGUCUUAUCUCACACUAAUACAUCCAAAAAAAUUUCAAGUCCGACACUAAAAGGAGCACAGGCUCUCUCUCCCUCUCCCUUCUGUUGCUUUUAAUAUUUUCUCCUAGAAGCACCUCUGUAGUCUGUUUCUCACCUCCUCUUUAUUUCGCUCCUUGUUGUUUUUGUUGUCGAUUCUCACAUUUGGACCAGGCAUUUCAACUUGCAGAAGUCACUGAGUAUUUUUAGAACUAAACAGUAGCCACAUGUUGAAGCUACAGCACACAGCUUUACCUGAUAUUGUCACGCUAAAUGCUCAACAACAACAAUCCCAGGUCAUGCAAAGGAAACCAUUUGUCUGUGAGCUUAUACUGUAGCUGUUUCUUCUUGACUUGGCUUUGAUGAGUCUCUCGUUACUGCUGUCUUAAGCUCUGCACAUUGGCGUGCUGUGUUAUGAAUAUAAAUAGUGUAUGUAUGUGUGCGUGCCUUAAAUGUUCAUGGGGACAGUUGUGUACAGUUAAGUAUGUGUGGUACUGGGUUGGGUAAGUAAGUUGGACGUAUGAGUGUCUAGAAGUGACCCCAGCUGUAAAUAUAAGACGUGAAGCUUGAGGAAAUGAUGUUUGAAGGAGUCUGUGUUUGGUGCGGUUAUGCGUUUGCACUGUUUUGGCUCGUUGUCACAUUAUUGAGGUAAAGCAUUCCAGUAAUAAAAAAAAACAAAGCAAGGAAA